GCUAUUCUAGCGGUUUGUUCUACUCGUGUGUUUCGUCUAGUCCAGUGUCCACUUGGGCGGAACUCAAGUUUUACAUUUGGCAUGUUACCUAUCAAGUACUGCACAGUUAUAAUGCGUUGUUCUGCCUUCACUGCUGUUUGCUUUCUUUGUCUUUGUGGUUUUCGAUCAGAGGUUGUUUGUACUUUACCUCAUGUAGAAGAGUUUACUGUGGUGAGACCUCAAAGACUGAGUGUCUCUAUCAGGAGCCUCUUCAAACAGGUCCAGUCUAAUAAAAGAUCCCAAAGCCACGAGUUGUUUCCUGAUCAACUCGCGUAUCAUUUAUUCUUUGAAGGGAGAAAUCACAGGAUUCGAUUGGAGAAGAACAGUCAACUCAUUGCGCAAAACUAUACUGAAAUCUACUAUCAAGAGGAUGGAUCUAUUGUAAGCAGCAAGCCAAAUUUAAAGGACAAUUGUUAUUAUCAUGGCCACAUUGAUGACGUGGUGGACUCCUCAGUCAGUGUGGAAAUCUGUUCUGGGAUCAGAGGUUUUAUUAGGGUCAAACAGCAAAUGUACCUGAUUGAGCCUCUGACCAAUCACAGUGAUGGAGAUCAUGCCAUCUAUAAGCAGGAACAUCUAAAGAUGAGAAGAAAGAAGAGAAGCACUUCUGCUGAAUCAGACGUCACCUUUUACGACCACGAACCUCCAGUGUUUGCCUCUUUAAAGUACAACAGAAACAGGAAACGUUUUCACACCCCAAGAUUUGUGGAAUUGUUUCUGGUGGUGGAUAACACUGAGUAUACAAACUAUGGGUCAAAUAUGGACAGUAUCAGAAGAAGAAUGCUUGAAGUUGGAAAUCACAUUGACAAGUUGUAUCGACCUUUAAAUAUCCGGGUUCUGCUGGUGGGUUUAGAGGUUUGGAACACACGCGAUCAGAUUGCGGUCAGUGUGAGUUCAGACGAAACUCUCAAUCGGUUUAUCGAGUGGAGAAAGAAAAGUUUGUUUACACGAGUCAAAUAUGACAACACUCAGUUUGUGACUGGAAUUGAUUUUUUGGAUGACACAGUUGGUUUAGCGAACAGAUUUGCGAUGUGCACUGAAAACUCAGCGGGUGUCAACCAGGAUCAUAACCAAAACCCACUGGGAUUAGCAUCCACUAUCGCACAUGAGAUGGGCCACAACAUGGGCUUGUCCCAUGAUACAGAUAACUGCAAAUGUGAUUCUGCCAACUCCAUCUGUAUCAUGACAAAGCGUGUUGGCAACCUGUUUCCAGACCGGUUUAGUGACUGCAGUCUGGAGCAGCUGAGUAUGUUUCUGGAUAAUGCCAACCCCAGUUGCCUGCUGGACAUUCCCAGCUCAGACAAACUUUAUAGCGGGCCAGUGUGCGGCAAUGCUUUCCUGGACCCGGGAGAGGAGUGUGACUGUGGGAACGUGGAGGAAUGUGAAAAUCUGUGCUGUAAUGCCACGACCUGCAAGCUCACUGAUGGCUCACAGUGCGCUCAAGGAGACUGCUGUGAGAAUUGCAAGAUAAAAGAUUCUGGGAGUUUGUGUCGUGAGUCUGCAAACCAAUGUGAUCUUGAAGAGUACUGCACAGGACUGUCAGAGAAUUGCCCGGAGAAUGAGUUUCACAUGAACGGCAUUCCCUGCAAUCAGGGUUACUGUUACAAUGGCCAAUGUCCCACUCACCUCCAGCAUUGCCAAAGUCUUUGGGGAGCAGGUGCCGUAACGGCAUCUAAUGAAUGUUUUUUCCGAAACACAUUCGGCAAAAAUGAUUCUCACUGCGGAAAGACCAAAAAUGGUUACAGAGCCUGUACCAAAGAAAACAUGUUUUGUGGAAAGAUAUUUUGCAACGGAGGAAACGAAUACCCUGUUACAGGUCAGAAAGCUAUCAUCAAAACCUUUACAGGUGUAACAUGUAACAUAGCUGGAGACUGGACAGAAGAGGACACCCUCAGCAUGGUGCCUACUGGAACAAAAUGUGGAGACAACAAGGUUUGCUAUGAUUUUAUGUGCCAAGACCUGAAUGUUUACGGCAGUGACAAAAACUGUUCGCUGAAAUGCAAUGGAAGAGGGAUUUGUAAUCACAAGAAGCAAUGCCAUUGUACCGCCGGUUGGGCGCCACCAUACUGCGAUGUGAAAUAUUCUGAAUUGGCACACAGUUUAGAGCGGGUAAGGGUGGUUGGCAUCUGUGUUGCUGUGGCAGUCAUUUUUCUCAUGCUGGUAUUUGGAGUUUUUGGAGUGUAUUAUUAUAAAAGAAGAAAAGCCAUCAGUCACAAGACCAAAGAGUUAUCAUCAGGACAGCUGACUCAUCUUCAUAAAAACAGCUCUGUUAGGAGGAACCCCUCCGAAAUCAGCCAACCCAUAUUCAUGGAAAGCUCUGUGACUCGACCCUGCACCCCAAUAACUGCUAGAACGACUCCGACCCGUCCUGCCCCUCCUCCUCCUAAAAAGCCUGUAACCCAACCACGGCAGACCACAGUAACCCAGGGCAUCAAGUCAACCCCUCCACCUGUUCCUCCACUGAAACCAUCUCUGGCAAAAGGAUCCUUCAAGACAGAUCAAAUGGACACAGGAGACGCAGUGAAGGUGGCAUUACGACCUCCCACCAUCCCAAGAAGAUGAGCCGGAGUGAAAUCAUCGCGUGACUCAUUUGAACAGAUUACAGUCCUUCAGUGUUAAAGUCUGUGGGCAGCUGAAUCACAAAGUGUGUUUUAAACCCAGACCUAUAAAACACAUACACAGAGUUUGGACUGUGAGCUGCCGUUGACAAUGCUUUAAAAUGCUUGAAUUCAUGUCUGAUACCUGGAAAUAUAUUUAUAAUAUUUUUAAUUUUAUUUAUUAUAAUGUUUUAUUAUUAAAAAUCUGGAUAUGUGAUUAGGAAUAUAUUCAAAAGACCAAACUGCUUUAUGAGUAUUCUUUAGAUAUGUACAUAUUUAAAUCUUAAUAAAGGUGAUUUUUUUUAUUCCUUACAUGCAAGUUUUAAAUAACAAAUCUUGCACUCCCAAAAUAAAUGUACAAAAGUUGUCAAUGAACACUUCAAGAUUUUAUUAUUCAAUAUUUCUAAAGGUGUUAUUGACAUGAAAUUUUUAUCAAUCCACACAUUCAAAGAAAUCAUUUAUUUUCAAUAAUUGGACCCUUGAAGAAAAGGAGGUGCAAAAAGGCAUUCAGAAAGCAAUCCUGCCCGUCAGUGCAAAUAAUAACAGUUGGUUACGUCCCAACUGAUGGCUUAUGAAAUAGUAUCUCAUUAUGCAAGAAACAUCUCAUGAUGGGUAAACUCUGACCCAAACACACAGCCAGGGAAACUCUCAAUUUGUUUCAGCGAAAGAAAAUAAAGCUCCUAGAAUUAUCUUGACUUGAAAGAACUAAAGGUACUUAAAGGUAUUACAAAAUCUGAAAACUUUUUAUGGUCAAAAAAGCAAUACAGGCUGAGCAAUGCAUGCAACUAGUUUCUCCAUGUUGAAGCUUUCAUUACCAACAAUUGCUUUUGUACAAAGUAAUAAAUACAUUACAGUAAGCGUGUUCAAUACCUUUCCCUAUGUUGUUUUGAAUUAUUACACAUACAUAUUACACACAUUA